GUUCAAAAAGAAAAUAUAUGCAUGCUUAAAUACUGCUCAUUAAAAAUUAGAAGCAAUUAUAUUUUCGUAAAAUCUGAAACAAAAUGUAGUAUGUCUGGGUAUGUCCAUGAAAAAUAAAUAUCUAUGAAAAGUUCUAUACUUUAAUUUAUAUGAGCAUUUUGGCUAACUAGACCCUUGGUUUUUUCAUAGCAUGAUGAAGAAAAUAUAGACAAGGUGAAUGCUGAUAUUGAAACUAGCAUUUAAAAAAAGCAUAUUAACUGGAUUUUCAUACAUCUGAAAAAGAGGCAUGUGUUUUAUUGUGAUCAACAUUAGCAUCUGGCUAGGCAAGCCUUAUUCUAAUGAAUUGUAUUGCUUUGUGUCAGGAAUGUAACUAGAAUGCUAAAAUAAUCAUGAGCAAGCCCGCUUCAAGAAUCACAAAGCUUGAACCAAGGCUGCUUGUUAUUACAUUUCACUAUUUAUGUUGAAAAGUGUUGUUAUAGGAGAAUGUGAGAGACAUUUGAACAUUAAUAAAAGUUUUGUGACAAGUGCUCGAUAACUUGUGCUUGUCAAAAUACUGUCUGACAAAAUAAGUGGAUUUUUUGUGAUUAUCUAUCAGUGAACUCUACCUGUUAGUGUUAUUGGUUAAAAGUGGAUAAUAAUCAGAAUUAGUUUAUUGCCAAAAUAAUUCUUUUUCACAUAUUUAUGUUGUUUUGUUCAUUGUUCAUUUUGAAAUAUUGGGUCGCUUUGUAAAUUUUUUGUAUAAAAACAUUAUUUUCAUGGAAAUCACAAUUUACAUAAUUUUGUCCGCAUAAUGAAAAGUUUAAAUUGUUUGGGGCUUAAAACUAUGUUAAAGACCCUAUGCAUGAAAAAUCAUUGGAUGUAUAAUGAAGAUAAUGUUCAAUGCUCUUUUCAAAAUGAACAAAUUACUUAAUUAACCAUGUUUUCCCCCUAUACAGUGGUGUAACAGCGCUGGAUAUCUCGAGAUCUCGUCUUUGACUGGAUUUCGCUGCUAAAGAAUGGAAUAUUCCGCGAUAUCAAUUUUAGGGCAACUGCGCACAAUGCAGUUUUAAUACAUAUCAAAGUUUAGGUUCAUGUUAGGCAUAUACAUGUUUGUGUGCGCGUGUAAACAUACUCGCGUUAAAUGAGGAGCAUUUGUGCUGCAAAUGCCGGAUAUAGUAGGUCCAGGUUUAAGUCCAAGUACCAUCCCGAGGAGUUCGAAAAGCGUCAGGAGGAGGUGCGAUGUGCACUGAAGCGUCGCUGCGACGUCUUCUUUGACCUGAUGAAGAGAGGCUACAUGGACAGCAUCUCAUGUGACACAGAGCAGCACGAAGGGAUUGUCAAGCUUCUUGACGCAGCUGUUAUCCUAAUGGAGGGAGGUCAGGACGAGGACCUGAAGGUGCUGGAAGAGCCAGAGGAGGAAAUGGACACCACACGCAGCAGGAACAACUCGGAGACUGUGGAGAAAAUGAGUCCAGAGAAGAAAAAGGACGGUGAUGCUGGUCCCGACAAGCCCAUGGAGAUAACGAUCAAUGCAGAGCAGAAGGAGCUGGCAAAGAAAGCCCAGGAGUUUUCCAAGAAACAGCAGGAAAUACAGAAUGGUGACAGUGAGGAUGAGGAUGAGAAGCCCAAGAAGAAGAAGCGUCACCGAGGCCACAAGCAGGAGUACAACUAUGAGAGUGGGUCAGAGUCUGACAGCAGCUCUGGAUCCAGCUCAGACAGUGACUCGGAACCUGCACCGCCUGGCAUGGAGAAGAACAGUAAGCACUCCGGCAGUGAAUCUGGUGCUCUAGACUCGGACAGUGAGAAGGACAAACCUACAAAGAAGGACAAAGAAAAGCCAAAAAAGAAAGAUGAUAGUGAAAAGAAGGCUGAUGCGAAGGCGGAGGGAGAGGAGGGUGAGUCUGGUUCCAUCGACAGCAAGUCACAUGACGGCAAAGAGCAGCCCAGACGCAACCUGCACAAGACCUGCUCCAUAUUCCUCCGUAAUCUAGCCCCGUCUAUCACCAAACAGGAAGUUGAGGCGGUGUGCAAGCGUUAUCCAGGGUUUAUCCGAGUUGCCCUUCAGGACCCGCAGCCCGAGAGACGCUUCCUACGACGGGGCUGGGUCACCUUCGACAGGAACGUCAAUAUCAAGGAGAUAUGCUGGAAUCUCAAUAAUAUCAGGUUGCGAGACUGUGACCUCGGGGCCACAUUGAAUCGAGAGCUCAAGCAGCGUGUCAGACCUGUCAGUGGCAUCACCGCCCAUCACAAGGUCGUAAAACAGGACAUCAAGCUGGCCGCCAAGAUCAUACAGAAUUUUGACGACAAGUGGAAGAUUUGGGACGACCCGAAUGAUGAAAAGAAGGAUUCAGAAAAGGAGUUUGCCCUCACUGUGAAGAAUCCUGUACUGAAGAACAUCACUGACUACCUGGUGGAUGAAGGCAGCUUUGAGGAAGAUGAACUGCUCGGUAUUGAAGGGGCCGAGGAAGGGGAGGAAACUAAUCCAGAAGUCACCAUUGAGCGAGAUGAGACACUCUUAAAGGUGCUAGACACGAUGAUCCUGUACCUGCGUAUAGUGCACUCUAUUGACUACUACUCGGCCAAUGAGUACCCUAACGAGGAUGAGAUGCCACACCGGUGUGGUAUCAUGCACUGCAGGGGGGUCCCACCCUCCAGCAAGACCACCAAGAAAGACUUGGAUGACUGGUUAAAGAGUUUUGAGACGAAGAUCAAGCCCUUCGUAGAGCUGCAAGACAAACUUGAUGAUGAGAAGGCAAAGAAAAUGGGCAAGAAAGACCGAGAUGCAGAGGUGGAGAAGUUUAUUACAGCGAAUACUCAGGAACUGGCCAAAGACAAAUGGUUAUGCCCCUUGUCUGGUAAAAAAUUCAAGGGGCCUGAGUUUGUACGGAAACAUAUCCAGACUAAGCAUGGAGAGAAAAUCGAAGAGGUUAAGCAGGAGGUCUCCUUCUUCAACAACUACCUGAUUGAUCCCAAGCGGCCCUCCCUGCCUGAGCACCCUGGUAACAAGACGUCUGGCCCGCCCACCCCACAGGCCCAGCAGUUCCCUGGGGCUGGCCCUGGAUUCGGGGGGCCCCCUCAGGGGAUGAUUGGCUUCAACGCCCACAGAGGGGGUGGUGGACCCCACAUGAUGAGGGGAGGGUAUGGAGGCAACCCGUACUAUCACCAGGGUCAGGGUCAUUUUGGUGGGCCCCGUCAUGAGCCCAGAGAGGGCGGGGGCUUCCGUGAGAGGGAAAACACACGUCCAGCAGGGGGCUAUAGCAGACCUUACAGGUAUCGUGGCCAGAAUCGUGGUUCUGACCCCAGAAGAAUUAUAGAAUACAGAGACCUGGAUGCCCCCGAAGAGCCAGACCUAUUCUCGUAGCGGGCAUAAAUCAUUGAGGAGUAGAAGAAUCAGACAUGUUCUGACAGUGCUUAUGGAGCAUUGAUGAAUAGAAAAAUCUGGACUGUGUUCAUAUUGAGAUAUUAGUCACAUGAACCCCAGAACAUUAUCAGACUUCAUUGUGAACAUGUAGUGUCAAGUUUUGAACAUGUAGUGUCGAGUUUUGAACAUGUAGUGUCAAGUUUUGAACAUGUUGUGUCAAGUUGUAUAUAGCAUUUGGAAGACCAAUGGUUAGAUGGCAAACUAUUGACACGGAAAUGAAAUUGAAUAGUAGGUAGUAUGUUUACUACAUAAUGAUGUUGUGCAAUUUUAUACUUCAUUUGCAUUAUAUACUUAAAUGUGUUUGAUUACAAUGAAACCGAGUACUUACUGAGAACAAAACUGUGCUGAAUGUUAGCUUUAAACUCUGUCUGUAACUUUGUAUCACUUCAUUCAAUUUAUCAUGUCAUCAUCAUUCAUUCCCAAAAAAAGAAGCCGCGUGGUGUAAAUAAAAUCUUUUAACAAAUG